AGCACCACAAACACUCCUGUUCUUUUGUGCUGCCAGACACAAAGGAGAAAACAAAACGUGCAAAAAGCUUAGCAAACAAUGCGGAAUUAUGAACGGGUUAACAGCGAUAUAUGAAAUUUAAUACUAAGGUACUUCAUGGUGAUUCCUCCAAACUGCUUUGUGAUUCAUGAAAGAAUUGCAUGCCAGGUACAAAAUGGAGAAGCUGAAGAGAAUUCAUCCUAAAAGGCAAGUACUGGUUUUUAUUACAACAAUAUUCUUGUCUCGGGUUCUUGCGAAACCUAUUCAUUACUCUAUACUGGAGGAAAUGGAGAGUGGCUCAUUAGUAGCCCAUCUGACCAAGGACUUGGGUUUGGAAACUGGGGAACUGGCCAGUCGGUCUGUAAGGGUGGUGUCUGACAGUGACAAGCAGCCAUUGCUGCUGGAUGCUCAGACAGGAGAUUUGCUUCUGAAGGAGAAGCUAGACCGGGAAGAGCUGUGUGGCCCCAUUGAACGCUGUGUACUGCAUUUCCAGGUGUCCCUUGAAAAGCCAGUAGAAUUUAUUCAAGGAGAAUUAUUGAUUCAGGACAUAAAUGACCACUCUCCAGAAUUCUCCGAUAGGGAAAUGGUCUUGAAAAUACUGGAGAGCAGCCAGCCCAACACUCGAUUUCCUUUGAAAUUAGCACAGGAUUUGGAUAUGGGCAGAAAUGGGCUUCAAAAAUACAUGGUUAGCCCCAAUUCUCAUUUUCAUGUCCUCACCCAAAAUAACAGUGAGGGUAAGAAAUACCCUGAUCUGGUACAGGACAAAGUGCUGGAUAGAGAGGAGCAGACUGAACUCAGCUUAACCCUUGUGGCUGUGGAUGGAGGGGACCCACCUAGGUCUGGUACAGUUAUGGUUCGAAUCCUUAUCCUGGAUGUCAAUGACAAUGCUCCAGAGUUUGUGCACAGCCCAUAUGAGACACAGGUCCUGGAGAACACCACAGUGGGUUCCCUAGUCCUCAGAGUCUUGGCUAGGGAUGCAGAUGCUGGACACUAUGGCAAUGUUUCCUAUAGCUUGUUCCAAGCAUCAGAUGAAAUUCAGCAAACGUUCUCAAUAAAUGAAGUCACUGGAGAAAUCAGACUGAAGAAGAAAUUGGAUUUUGAAAAAAUUAAAUCUUACCACUUGGAAAUCGAGGCCACUGAUGGAGGAGGUCUAUCUGGGAAAGGCACUGUAGAGAUAGAGGUGGUGGAUGAGAACGACAACACCCCAGAACUGAUCGUGUCCUCACUGACCAGCUCUGUCCCAGAAAAUGCCCCUGAAACUGUGGUUGCUAUAUUUCGAAUUCGUGACAGAGAUUCUGGAGAUAAUGGAAAGAUGGAUUGCUCAAUUCAGAACGAUCUCCCCUUCCUUUUAAAGCCUACAUUCAAGAACUUUUACAGCUUAGUGACAGAGGGACCACUGGACAGAGAGAUUAGAGACGAGUACAACAUCACCAUCACCGUCUCAGACAUGGGCACACCCAGGCUGAAAACGGAGCACAACAUAACAGUGCAGGUGUCCGACGUGAACGACAACGCCCCAGCCUUCAGCCAAACCUCCUACACCCUGUUGGUCCCAGAGAACAACAGCCCUGGCCUGCACAUAGGCACAGUGAGCGCCACAGACACAGACUCAGGCACCAAUGCCCAGAUCACCUACUCGCUGCUGCCGCCCCAGGAAGGCGACCAAGACCCGCAGCUGGCCCUCGCCUCGCUGCUGUCCAUCCACGCGGACAGCGGGCAGCUGUUCGCCCUGCGCGCGCUGGACUACGAGGCGCUGCGGGCCUUCGAGUUCCGCGUGGGCGCCGCCGACCGAGGCUCGCCCGCGCUCAGCAGCCAGGCGCUGGUGCGCGUGCUGGUGCUGGACGCCAACGACCACGCGCCCUUCGUGCUCUACCCGCCGCACAACGCGUCGACGCCCUGCACCGAGCUGCUGCCCAGGGCGGCCGAGCCCGGCUACCUGCUCACCAAGGUGGUGGCGGUGGACGGCGACUCGGGCCGCAACGCCUGGCUGUCCUUCCAGCUGCUGCAGGCCAGCGAGCCCGGGCUGUUCAGCGUGUGGGCGCACAAUGGCGAGGUGCGCACCGCCAGGCUGCUGAGCGAGCGCGACGCGCCCAGGCACAGGCUGCUCGUGCUGGUCCAGGACAAUGGCGAGCCGCCGCUGUCCGCCAGCGUCACGCUGCACGUGCUGCUGGUGGACGGCUUCUCGCAGCCCUACCUGCCCGUGGCCGAGGGCGCGCGCGACCAGGCGCCGCCCGACGCGCUCACUGUCUACCUGGUCAUCGCCCUGGCGUCCGUGUCUUCGCUCUUCCUCUUCUCUGUGCUCGUGUUGGUGGCGGUCAGGCUGUGCAGGAGGAGCGGGGCGUCCUCGCUGGGCGGCUGCUCUCUGCCUGAGGGCCACUUUCCUGGACACCUGGUGGACGUCAGCGGGGCGGGGACGCUGUCCCACAGCUACCAGUAUGAGGUGUGUCUGACUGGAGGGUCGGGGACUGGUGAGUUCAAGUUUUUCCAUCCCACCGUCCCCAACUUGCUGGUUCAAGACAUUGGGAGAGAUGUCAAGGAAAAUUCCAAGGGCAGAAAUAGCUUUGCAUUCAACUAAGCCUUGUUUAUUUCAUUGAUUGCUCAAAUUUGUGAACUGCUUACUGCAAAGUGUCUUUUAAAGAAAUGGCAUUGUUAUUUUAUUACUACUCCUUCCUAUAUUGCCCCACAUAGCUCUAAAGUUCUUUCCUUUUGAUUUGUAGUUAACUGUACAUAGAACUUUCUAGUAGUACUGGUUAUGGCGUGAACGUAUAUAUUUUCCAUUCAUACUCGAGUAUGUCUUCGUGAUUAUUGCCCUUGUAGCAUCUUAUUCGAGUAUUGUAAAAAUUUUUAGCUUAAUGAAAUUCUUAAAUUAAUUGCCUUCUUAAAAUUUUCAGUACCCUUAAGAAAAUUUUAAAUCCUAAGUUUUUGUGGUACCUGUCUUUGCUAUGUAACUUUAUCCCUUCUAGACUAAAUAGUUAUAAUUUCUUCAUGUGGUCUUGGCCUUUCUGGGUGGCUCCACUUUCAGGUUGAGCAUCCUUAAAGCGUGAGCAUAAAACUCAAUAUAGCUGUUUCUCCUAAUUGUAUGCAAACACGCACUUCAUGUAAACAUUAAUCAAAGCUGUACCACUUCUGGUCAUGAGCAUUGUAUAUGCUACUGAUUCUUUAAUUUAUGAUCUUUUGUGACAUAAAUGCUUGGUUAAAUGUUUAAAAUACCCAUUUCAUAACAAUUAAAGACAAAAUAUCACAUAAUUUUUCAUUCCUUCCAUUAAACUAAAGUAUUAAGUCACUGGUUUGAUGUGACCCUUUUUUAUCAAACAAUAAUCUCUGAAUCUGAACUUCUUCCAAAUUAGUUCAGGACUCUAAGUCCUUCAUGUUGCUUGUUCUUCUUAUGACAUGGAUAGAAGUCCAGUAUAGUACCAAUGUGUGUAUCUUCUGUCUUUGGGCAGCUUUCCCCACUUUUCAAAAUAGAAACUUUUUUCCUGAAUUUUGUGUCACAGCUAUUUAUUUCACUUUAUCUUACUUGGUAACUACAGAGUUAGGUUGUUUUUUUUUCUCCAAGAAAACCAAUGGUUUUUUGAUGUUUAAUUAUCCUGCUUUGUUUUUAAUGUAGACUUUAUUUAUUUUGAAUUAUCUUGGUUUUGUAAUUAAACCAAAGUGGUAUUUGUGUGAAGUAAGCACCAUUUUCACUGAUAAUAUGUCAGAUACACAAUAGAGCAGUUAGUUAAAUUAUAUUUUUUAUGCUGUGUUGAACUUGCCUAGUGAUUUGCUUGUAUGGCUUCUAACAAGUUAUAUUUAUAAAGCUUCAUGUAUAAAAUGUCUCGAACUUUUGGUGGAAAUGAGCAACUAAAAGAGCUUUUUCCAUAA